GUCGGUGGCAGAAAAAGUCAGUGUAUAAAUAUUCCGGGGAGUUGAGCUUUUAGUAUUAUACCUGAACUAGCAGUGAAGGAAUUAACAACCCAAACCAAAAUGAACUCCAUGGUUAUUGUUUUCUUUUUGGCUUUGUCCACCGCUUACGCUUCAGUACUCCCAUUAGGAGUAGGAUUAGCAGGUCCUGGAAACCCAGGUGCUCUUCUUAAAGGACCAGCUGCUCAAGCCACCCUUCAUGGUCCAGAUGGCAGCGUAAUCGUUGGUGCUGCUGAUGCUGGGGCUUUAGCUGCUGCUCCAAUUCCCGGAGGUCAUGUCGCCGCUGCUGUUGCCCCAGGAGUUGUCGCCGCUCCCAUUAUUGCCCCAGCUCCCAUCCUCGCUGCCCCCAUCAUCGCCAAACCAGUUAUUCCUUCUGGUUCAAUCAGCGUUGGAUUAGGAGGAGCUGUCAUUGCUGGACCAUCUGGAUCUGUCGCUACCAAUAAUGGACUCGGUUUAGGACAUGGACUCGGUUUAGGACAUGGAGUCGGAUUAGGACAUGGACUCGGUUUGGGAUUAGGAGUUGGUCAUGGGUUAGGUUUGGGAGUUGGCCAUGGACUCUAUUAAAAGGGAAAAUGAUCAGACGAUGGAGAUUUUGUGAUAAUUCAUAAACGAGCGGAAUAAUGACCAUGAUGUUACAUUUUGUGUAAAUAAAGAAAAUAUUUAAGCUUA